AUGAACGCCACGCCCGUUUCCCCACCCGAUCUCCUUCCAGAAAACAAUAAUGAAAGCGAUACUGAAACGAAUCCCGACGACACACCCGAAUACUACCAGCCAAUCUUAUCUGUUGAUUUCGAUGAUCACGACGAGUACUACCGAUCCGAUCAAUCAAAUUCAGAUGAAGAACACCACAACAAUUCCCACUUUUCUGAUUCCCCCCACCUUGACAAUGGCCACUGUACGCGCGAAGCAGAGGAUGGAAUCUCGACUCUUAAUCUAAACGACGAUGCAGAGAGAAAGAGCAGCAGCAGCAGCGAUGAUGAAGAUGAAGAGGAAUUAGAAGCAGAGAGAGCAGUAGAGGCAUCUAAUACGGCGAUCUCGAGGGCGUUUAGAGAGGACGACAGUAGAAGGAAUACGCCGUUGACGCCGGAGAAUGCGACACGUGUUAUGGAAGCGAUGCGUGGUGUGUCGUUUGGUGGUUUUGUUCCUGAUUGGGUGGGUCAGGUUAGUGAAGAACAGUGGAUUGAUCAACUUAGGAGAUUGAGGCAACCACCCGGGAAUCAAGCUUCCGUUCAAAAUUAG